CACUAACCUAAAAGGAAUCAUGGAAUGACUUUGCUUUCUCCUUACGUUUUGAAGCACAGGUUUGGGGCCUAUGAAUUUCAGUUUGCUGUUUCUUGGCCUUCUACUCUGGACUACAUCAGCCCACUCUAGGGUUUCUGAGGAGCAAAGUGAUGAUGAACUUCAGGGUAAAUGAUGAAAGACACUUCCCUCUCAACUCUAUGAUAGGAAGAAUGCACCUGAUGGUGCCUUGGGCAACGUGACAUUUUGUUGAAAUGUCAUGAUGCCCGUCUUGUGGUACCAACAUGCUGAGACCGCUUGUGUAAGAUAUUUUGAGUAUAGACUUAGGAGGUCUAUAAAAGCCGAGAGUUAUUACAAAUUUUUAAACUAGAAAGGCAAAGUCCAUUGAAACAGCCUAUAGUUAUUAAUCUCUCCUAAACUAAAUGUCAGCCUCUAGCACCGCUUUAAGCAAAAAGCUUUUGGGGUCCUUUCCCUUUAACCAGUGGUCAGUUCUUCAGAAAACCACCAAGGAGUGUUGCCAGCUGUGAUUGGUCUAUCUGUUGCCCUGACAUCAGGAGAGCCAUUGUGAUGUCAUUCCAACUGCCUAACAGCUCCCUGGCUUGGCCUAGGUUCUUGUUCAGUUGGCCCAGGAAGCUCUUUGGAGGCAGCCUGAAGGACUUGGACGACAUUACUGGUUUUCUCUUGUCUUGUUUUUGUUUGCUUUGUUGUUUUGUCUGUCUGGUUUAUUUGUUCUUUCUACUACGUUGGUUCUUAUUUUCUAUUUUGCUUUGUUCUUUUUUCUAUUUUUCCAUCUCUCUGCCCCUCCCAUUUUUACUUUGUAUUCUGUGUAUUUAUUUUCCUUAAAUAUUCAUUCACUUAUUUUUUUUUAUUGUCACAGGCUAAAUGCAUUUUGUUGUUUUCAUUUUGUCCUUUUUGCUGUGUUUCCCCCAUUUUGUGAUUAUUUUCUCAUUUUUGAUCCUUUGAUCUAAAUAGGACCAUUAUAAGACUUAUUGAUUAGAAUUGUUACCAUAGUUAAUAUAGUUGGUAUUGUUUUACUUUUUAGCAUUUUUAGCAUUCUGUGUGUUUUCUAACUUGUAAUUCUUAAUUUUGAUACAAUUGGUUUAGUGAUUAAUAUACUGUAGUUCAUAUAGUUAGCAUUCUUGGUUACAAAUAUUACCAUACUGAAUCUUGUUAAUUUUAAUUGUGUCAGUUUUGUUUGUUUGAUUUUCAUUUGUUUCCCAGUUUUCAUUGUUACCUAAGGUGACUGUUAAGAGUUUCUAGUGUAACACUGCAGGGGUGGGUACCUCCCACAAUGGAAGGCCUCACAGCCUUCAACAGUGAGGAGGAGGUCCUGGAUGGGUACCAGGUCCUCAAGAUCACCGGCAAGGGCAGUUUUGGGCAGGUGGCACUGGCCCAUCAUCUGGAAAGUGGGACCCAGGUGGCUGUGAAGAUGAUUGCGACAGGUGGCCAGAACUCCCGCAGGUUCCAGCAGUUCUGUGCAGAAGCAGAAAUAAUGAAGGGACUGCAUCAUCCUCACAUUAUAAAACUGUUGCAGCUAAGGCACACGGCACAGAGAGGCUACAUUUUUAUGGAGUAUGCGAUCAAGGGAGACCUUAGAUGUUACCUGAUAGAGCGAGGCUGCCUACAGGAUGAGGAGAUACGCCCGAUAUUUUACCAAACAUUAUCAGCUGUGCAUUACUGCCACGAGCAGCGCAUCGUGCACAGAGAUUUAAAGCUAGAAAAUCUCCUUCUAGAUGACAAUCUGAAUAUCAAGUUGACUGAUUUUGGGCUCAGCUGCAAACUGGCUGAUGGAGAACACCUGAAGUGUUUGCGUGGGACCCUUCAUUAUUGUGCCCCGGAAGAAUUCCGAGCUGAGGCGUUCAAUGGGUACAAGGCUGAUGUGUGGAGCCUGGGCGUGGUCCUGUACACCAUGGUGACCAAGUCACUACCUUUUGAAGGGAAGGAUUUUGUACACCUGAAGGAAACCAUCCUGUCCGCAUACUACAGAAUCCCCAGCUAUGUCAACAUUGAGCUUGAGAACCUGUUGGACAGGUUACUGACCCGAAACCCUGAGGAGAGGCCCACAGUGGCAGACAUCAUGGGCCACCAGUGGCUCCGUGUAGGACAUAAAGCACCUGAAACAAGUGAAGAGUUUCUGUUUCCUCCCAAGGAACAGGAAAUAUGGGAAUUCCCAUGGGGCCCACGCUCUCAAUCGUGCCUUAAGGAAAGGGAUGACCCCUUGUCCUCUGUGCCACACUGUGUGAAAUCCCCACAGAAGGGCUACAGCAUGCAGGAACUAUGGGGACACAGAGAAGUGGAGCCUGUGGUGUCUCCUCAGGGUCCCGAAGCUCUAAGCUGCCUUGAGGACCUUGGCUUCCAGCUGGACCAUAAAGCAGGCUCCCUGCCACCCAGGCUCCAAGCCACUUCCUUGCCCGCUGUGCUGCAGAAGGGCCACACCAAAGUGAAGCCCAUGCUUCAGGCCACCCCCGCUGCUCAAAGCUGUCCCAUUCUCCAGUGCCUCCCUGGUCACUCAGACGGCAACAUCAGAGCCCAUGAGUGUGCCCUUUGCAACUCCCAACCACUGCUGCUUGAAGAGGAACAAUCAGGGCAGAAUGCCUGCCACCGUGCUCCCAGUAUGUCUAGCAGUGUGUCCUGCAGGCCAGACAGUCCCCAAAUGGCCAUGUUGCCAAGGAUCCUCGCAGCCUGGGCAGCCCCCAGCAAGGACUCUCUGACCUCCCUCUCCAUGCUGAACAGCAACAGCAGUGACGAUCAUUUCGAAGUCAGGAGCUGCUCCCGGGGAGCAUCAGAGAAACAGAGCAUCCCAGGAAUGCAACAGGAGGAGGGGACCUCAGACACUCAGGCGAAAAAGAGCAAGAGUCGCCAGGGGAUUGGCAGGAGGAUUGUCAGAUUCUUCACCUGGAUAUGUUGUAUCCUGCCAGCCCCAGAGGAAAGCCCUUGAGUCCAGAGUGGAAAGUGGCAUCUCUGUAGCCUCUUGGGAGAUGCCCAAGAGGAGGAGCUCUUCCAUGAGAAGUGAAACAAUUAAGAGAUACGUGUUUCUUGUCAGGAGCUCCCCUCCUCUGAUCCUGUUUCCCCUGAGGAGAGCUAGAAGAAGAGUCUGAAAAGCCUUUGUGACAAGUUGGAGUCUGGAGUUCCCAGGAUGAUGAAAGCCAACCGUGUGCCUGCCCAGAGAAAUUGUGCUUGGAUACAUCCACCUCCUCGUUCAUGUGAUGGUAGAAUACAAGUAGAAGACCUGGACGCACUCUGGAGUCUGAGGAGAGAACUGAUUGUCAGAGAAAUCAAUUGGACUGCCUGAGGUGCUGUCACAAAAAUAAAGAUAGGUUUUGGACAAAACGAAAUAGUGGAGAACUAUGUUCAGAGCAAUGGAAGGAUGCGAUUUCAAGGAACGCAUCAGGACACAGAAAGGUAAACUGCCUAAGCUUACUGUAGGAUUCCCAUUGUACACUUCAGAUUAGAAGCAGGGCAGUAGGUUCUAUCUUAGAAAGUCCAAAUGCUGUGAUGUGUACAUGGGAUUUCCUGUUGGGCCUUAAGUCAUGAGUGUGCAUGUUUGACACUAGCGGUUCACAUGUCAGGCAAGUGAAUGUGACGUCAGAAGACGAGGAGGUUUAGCAGGAAAAUCUCAGCUGACUAUCAAGAGGGAGGAACUAACAAAUGUUCCUCCUCUAGUUGACAUAAAUCUGAGAACCGAAUAAAAUGCCUUCCCUUUCAAGGGUCUUAAAGACUCGUUUUCUAGUAGGAAAUCCGUGAUGUCUGAUUAACCAACCACUUUAAGAAAAAGCAAAUUGAGACACUCAGGAUGUUGUACAAUCAGAACUUGUCAAACCUCUCUUCUCACCUUUGUCUUAAUGUCUUGAGAUGUAAACGAAGCGGAGCCAGAGAAGCAGAGAACCUGAAAUGCAGUGUGCGGAAACUGCAAGAAGAUGGUGGAGAACUAUGUUCAGAGCAAUGGAAGGAUGCGAUUUCAAGGAACGCAUCAGGACACAGAAAGGUAAACUGCCUAAGCUUACUGUAGGAUUCCCAUUGUACACUUCAGAUUAGAAGCAGGGCAGUAGGUUCUAUCUUAGAAAGUCCAAAUGCUGUGAUGUGUACAUGGGAUUUCCUGUUGGGCCUUAAGUCAUGAGUGUGCAUGUUUGACACUAGCAGUUCACAUGUCAGGCAAGUGAAUGUGACGUCAGAAGACGAGGAGGUUUAGCAGGAAAAUCUCAGCUGACUAUCAAGAGGGAGGAACUAACAAAUGUUCCUCCUCUAGUUGACAUAAAUCUGAGAACCGAAUAAAAUGCCUUCCCUUUCAAGGGUCUUAAAGACUCGUUUUCUAGUAGGAAAUCCGUGAUGUCUGAUUAACCAACCACUUUAAGAAAAAGCAAAUUGAGACACUCAGGAUGUUGUACAAUCAGAACUUGUCGAACCUCUCUUCUCACCUUUGUCUUAAUGUCUUGAGACGUAAACGAAGCGGAGCCAGAGAAGCAGAGAACCUGAAAUGCAGUGUGCGGAAACUGCAAGAAGGGAGCUGGCAAGGGAACAGCAGGAGCUGCUGGAAAGGAGAGCAGCUGUGAGAUAAAGGAAAAUCUGAAACUGGCAGAAGAAGAAAUGACAAAAUCCAAGUGGGUUCAGACUGAACACCCAGCACCACAGG